UUUGCUGAGCCGAGGUGGCAACCGUGAGUUCGUCGGCACAGCCGGCAAAAAAUGCAAGGGUAUUAAGCAGGAGAACAUAUUUUUAGUGUUUUUAAUUUGGAAGUUGUGGCAGAGUGUGUUCCGUGGGACAAUAUCGGCGUUGGUGAUGUUUAAUCUCGUGUCUAAAGUGGCCGCAGGACCCCUUAAGGGGGAAUUUGGGACUCUACUCAAAGCUCUACCUGUGAUGGUCAACAACGUACAGCCAGGCAGAAACUAUGCGGAACACGUUAUUCCGGAUAGAUUAAAGGACAUGCCGGAUAACCCAAAUCCUCGCUUCUUCGACAUGGUGGAGUACUUUUUCCACAAGGCAUGUGUUCUUGUGGAAGAUAAGCUGGUCGAAGAUCUUGCCAAAGUGAAAGGGUCUAAGUUAACCCUGGAGCAAAGAAAAGCGAAAGUCCGUGGAAUUCUCACGCACAUGGAGCACUGUGAUCACAUCAUCGAAGUGGCGUUUCCCAUAAAGAGGGAUAAUGGCGAAUACGAAGUCAUCAAGGGUUACAGAGCGCAACACAGUACUCACAGGCUACCCUGCAAAGGAGGUAUGCGUUUCUCGCCUGAUGUGAAUAAGGACGAAGUAAAAGCCUUAGCCGCCCUGAUGACCUUUAAAUGUGCCUGCGUGGAUGUGCCAUUCGGAGGUGGCAAAGCAGGAAUUAAGAUUGACCCAAAGAAGUACUCCGAACACGAAUUGGAAAAGAUCACCAGAAGAUUCACUUUAGAGCUCGUUAAGAAAGGAUUUAUUGGACCUAGCAUUGAUGUGCCUGCCCCUGAUAUGGGCACUGGAGAAAGGGAGAUGUCUUGGUUAGCAGACACUUAUUCGAAGACUAUUGGAUACAAGGAUAUCAACAGUCAUGCUUGUGUUACUGGUAAACCCAUUAACCAGGGCGGUAUUCAUGGCAGAGUUUCAGCCACCGGCAGAGGUGUUUUCCAUGGGAUUGAAAACUUUAUAAAUGAAGAAUCAUACAUGCAACUGUGCGGCCUUAGCACUGGAUGGAAAGGCAAAACUUUUAUCGUUCAAGGUUUCGGUAAUGUGGGUUUGCAUACUAUGAGGUAUUUGGAUAGAGCUGGAGCGAAAUGCAUCGGAGUUAUCGAAUAUGAUGGUUCCAUAUAUAAUCCUAAUGGAAUUGACCCUAAGGAAUUGGAGGAAUGGAGGGUAAACAAUGGAACCAUUAACGGUUUUCCAGGUGCUGAAAAAUACAACGAUAAUCUUUUGUACCAUCCUGUGGAUAUCCUGGUGCCUGCUGCUACGGAGAAAGUUAUUCAUAAAGAAAAUGCUCAUUUGAUUAAAGCCAGGCAACAUUUUAGUCAUUCCAGAUCUGUACGUCAACGCUGGUGGUGUUACAGUGUCCUAUUUCGAGUGGUUGAAGAACAUUAAUCAUGUUUCAUAUGGAAGACUGACCUUCAAAUACGAGAAGGACUCCAAUCAUCACUUGUUCCAAUCGGUGCAAGAGUCACUGGAAAGGAAAUUUGGCGAUAAAAUUCCAAUUACCCCUUCUUCGGCUUUCACCAAGAGAAUCGCUGGUGCUUCUGAAAAGGACAUUGUUCAUUCGGGACUUAAUUUUACAAUGGAACGAUCUGCUAAGGCCAUCACGAAGACGGCACAGCAGUACAAUUUGGGUAUUGACCUCCGAUCCGCUGCCUACAUCAAUUCAGUAGAGAAAAUCUUCAUUACUACCACCACCGCUGGUCUAACAUUCUAAUUUAUAGAAUGUCAUCUAUAUCUAUCUCUAAUUACUAACCAUAAGAUUGUAUUGCAAUUCAAUGUAACAGUAGGAAUAAUGUCCCUUUGAACAACCUUCACAUUUUUGCUUCAACUCUUGAACAAUCACUUAAAUCACAUAUCACAGCCAAUGUAUGGAAUAAAUUUCAUAUUCAUUCUAAAAUCAUUAAAAAUCCAGAAACGAAAA